AUGGUGCUUCUCAGGCAGACACAUCAGCCUGGACAGUAUGAGUAUGAAGUUUCCUUUGAGCUAAAUGUGAAGAGUGUUGAGACAGUGGAAUAUCUUCGCACCCUGCUAAACAACGGUAGCGUUUCUCUGCCCCUGCGUCUGGAUUCCACUGCAAAUCUGACACACAUUGAAAUCACCACAGUUUGCUCCUCAAAUGCGAGCAACGUCCUGUGCAGAUGUGAAGAAGACUAUGUUUGGCCAUAUGACAAUUGUACGACAUAUCAAGCCUGUGAUGAGAUUGUUAAUGAUACCUGCACUUGUAUCAAGAAUAUGCCCCCCGGGGAGCAAUAUUGCCAACCCAAGACAGCUCCAUUCUAUAUCCAUACCAUCAUCUCUAUUGAGUUCAACGCCACAGAUAUGAAGGUGAUAAACCUACUGAGGGACAUUCUGAGAAACACCAAUUACCCUCUUGAGAUAAACAGCUAUGCAAAAAUCUCUGAUGCCAAUAUCACUACAGUUUGCAGUCCAAGCAGUGGCAGUUACCAAUGCAGAUGUGAGGAGCAGUAUCGUUGGCCAAGUGACCAGUGUUUUUUGUAUGGCUCAUGUGACAACAUUACAAAUGACACAUGUGGAUGCAUCAAUGCCAUUCCUUUUGAUGGAAACUAUUGCCAAUCUGUUGAUCAACAUGUUUGCAGUCCAGGCAGUGGUGGUUACCAAUGCAGAUGUGAGGAGCAGUAUCGUUGGCCAUGUGACCAAUGUUUUUUGCAUGGUUCAUGUGACAACAUUAUAAAUGACACAUGUGGAUGCAUUGAUGCCAUUCCCUCUAGUGGAAUCUAUUGCCAAUCUGUUGAUGAACAUGUGCCUUCAGUUGAUCAUGAAUAUGUCAUCUCCAUUGAGCUAACAACCCCAAAUAUGUAUGUGGUAACCCUGCUGAGGAACAUUCUGCUAAACGCCACUUAUCCCAUUUUCAUCAACAACUUCUUAAAUAUCUCUGAUAUCAACCUGACGACAGUUUGCAGUUCAAGCAAUGGUGAUUACCAGUGCAGAUGUGAAAAUCUGUAUAGUUGGACAUGUGACCAGUGCUCACAGUACGGAUCAUGUGGUAACAUCACGAAGGACCCUUGUGGAUGCAUCAAUACCAUUCCUUCUGAUGGAAUGUAUUGCCAAUCCAUUGAUCAACACAAUGCCACUUGUCUCAUCCCAAUUACCUCUCUUACAACACUGAACACCACCAAGGUUACGCCAACGACUCCUAAAACCACUGCCAAAACUACUCCUGAUCCCACGACAGCCACGACAAAGGCAACCACUCCUAAAACCACCGCCAAAACUACUCCUGAUCCCACGACAGCCACAACUUCAGGUGCAGUUUUUCUUUCUUCUCACAGACCAGGAAGUGUGAUAACAGACUUCACAAUUAGAACAUCACAAGUCAACAAUGAAGAACUAACUGUGGCGAAUGAAAAACUUCCUGAAGUAAUGCGGCCUAUUGGGCCUGUCAUUGGUGGUGUUACUGUACGUUACAGGAGUACAAUUGAUAUUGAACCUCCAUCCUUGACAUACACUGGUAGGUCAAUGACAUUGAGAUGUGGCCCCCCUCCUGAGAGCAUUAAUUUGGGAACCAUCACUGCAGCAAAAUGGAAAUUAAAUGGAAAGGAAAUCCAAAACAGUGGACGAACUCAAAUCGCUUCAUCUGGAACACAAUCAGUGCUUACAGUCAACAAUGUAAUUCUGGCUGAUAAAGGUCUUUAUGAAUGUAACUUAAUGGGCAGUCUUUUGACUUUUGUUCAAGUGGGACGUGCAUCAAAUAUCAGACAAGCACCAAAUGUGCGAGUACCAGGUAAAAUCAAUGUUAAGUGUUCAGAAGGAGGGACACAGUCACUUCAGUGUUGUGUGCAGCGCGACUACACUGUCAAGUGGUUUCAGGGCUCAAAUAUCACAUGUAGAGAUAGGCUGUAUGGGAAUGGACGACCAGGUGACAUCUCAACCACAGCAUGUGAUCCUGGUCUGGAGGGAAGCAGGACUGCACAAUGCCAGGCCACAGGAGAAUGGAUUCUUCUGGAAGACAACUGCAUUCUGACUGAAAUCAAGGACUUGCUAAUUGAUUCUGAGGAUUUGGUUGAAGAGGAAAUACCAGAAUUUGCUGCAAAUCUGAGUAAAGUUACAGAGGACGAAAAACAAGAAAUUGUGAAUUCAUCAGCAACCAUAUCGGCUAUUGUUGGCAUCCUGAGCACCAUUGCCGCUGUUUCUACUGAAGUGGAAAAAGGUGUCAUGGAGGAUGUGCUCCAAACAGUUGACGUCCUCAUUAGUGACGAUGCAAGGGAAUCCUGGGAAAUCCUGAGAGAAAACGUCACUCGUAAUGACAGCUCAGAAUUGCUGAAUUCACUCGAGACUCUCUCUGAUGAAUUAGUGGGGGAGUUUACCAUCAGGACUGGAUUAAUAUUGCUAAACACGACAACGUUCGACGACUCUUUUUCAGCAGAACUCAACUCCAGUGUUACCAUUGAUAUUCCAAACGCCGACAGUACGAAUAUCUCCAUCACAACCAUCAUUUUCGCCACCCUGGAUAAUGUCCUGCCACCACGAAACUCCAGCUUUAACAGCACCCUGACAAACGACAACAGCACAACACCUUCAUUUAAUAACACCAUUAAUGCUGCAGUGGCCCUUGUCAGAGUAAAAGCCGACAUUCAGAAUGUUACCCUGAGCUUCAAAAAAGACAACAACUCCCUGACAGAGGAUCCACAGUGCGUUUUUUGGAAUUUCUCCCUUUUUGACAACUUCGGUGCUUGGGACGACGAGGGUUGCACUUUUGUUUCCGAUAUAAACAACACGGUGACCUGCAACUGCAACCACCUGACCUCGUUUUCGAUCCUGAUGGCGACAGAUAUCCCAGAAGCGAUACGGGUUGCUUUAGAUGUUAUCACGUAUGUCGGAGUUGGCAUAUCUAUAGCGAGUCUUCUCAUAUGUCUCAUCAUUGAAGGAUACGUUUGGAAAGCCUUGACGAAAAACAGCACUGCGUUCAUGCGCCACGUGUGCAUUGUGAACACGGCCCUGUCUUUGCUUAUUGCAGACAUUUGUUUCAUUAUUGCUGCCUCUUAUGCUAAGAACCCACUUGAAAACCCAGGGGAAGACUAUAAGGUUCCACUAGGGCCAUGUACCGCGGCAACGUUUUUUAUGCACUUUUUCUACCUGGCUCUUUUCUUCUGGAUGCUGGCCUCGGGUCUUCUUCUACUCUACCGAACGGUUAUGGUCUUCUCCCAUAUGUCGAAAUCAGUCAUGAUGGCUAUUGGCUUUCUUUUGGGCUAUGUGUGUCCUCUUAUAAUAGCUGUUGUGACUGUUGCUGCCACAGCCCCAGGAAAAGGAUACAUCAGGGAAAACGAUGCGUGUUGGCUUAACUGGGUCAAGACCAAAGCCCUUCUGGCUUUAGUGAUACCUGCCUUGACUAUUGUUGCUAUCAAUUUUUUAAUUGUAAUUGUGAUCGUGGUCAAAAUGUUGAGAAGAAGUGUAGGAGAUGCAGCCCGUAUUGAGGAAAAGCACACCCUGGCUGUCGUUUUUAGAUGUGUGAUUAUUUUGACACCUUUAUUUGGACUGACGUGGGGUUUGGGAAUAGGAACCAUGGUAUCGUCCACAAAUAAGGGGAUCCACAUUGCAUUUGCUUUCUUCAAUUCUCUGCAGGGUUUCUUCAUUUUAGUGUUUGGGACUCUACUGGAUGCAAAGAUCCGAGUCCUUCUCGCCAAAAAACGACAUGUAUCAAGCUCAGGGUCUGGCUCCAAUCAAACUGCAAGUACAAGUGCUGGUUCUUCUUCAUUAAGUGGUCUAAAAUGGUUCCGAAAACUUCGUGGAAAAAAACAUGUCUACCGGGUGUCAGACAUUGUGAACUCAAGCAGUUCUGGUGGCGCCGAGUCAUUCUCCAAUAUUUGA